CGCCUCCAGUCUCCCCACCGCCAUAAGGCGCUCCAGCCAGCGCAGCUUUCCUCCUCGCAGCCAUGUCCGCCGGCCAAGCUUACAACGAGGAGAAAGGCGGCUCCUCCAGCCUGGGGGAGCCCGAAUAUGGGCACGAUCCGGCCAGUGGAGGGAUCUUCUCCUCGGAUUACAAAAGACAUGACGACUUGAAGGAGAUGCUGGACAGCAACAAGGAUUCUCUGAAGCUCGAGGCCAUGAAGAGGAUUGUAGCAAUGAUUGCACGAGGCAAGAAUGCAUCCGAUCUCUUCCCAGCUGUGGUAAAAAAUGUGGCUUGCAAGAAUAUAGAGGUGAAGAAGCUUGUGUAUGUUUACCUGGUCCGAUACGCGGAGGAACAGCAAGAUUUGGCCCUGCUCUCCAUCUCUACCUUCCAGAGAGGACUCAAGGAUCCCAAUCAGCUGAUCCGAGCCAGCGCUCUCCGCGUCCUCUCCAGCAUCCGUGUGCCCAUUAUUGUGCCCAUCAUGAUGCUAGCCAUCAAGGAGGCGGCUUCUGACAUGUCCCCCUAUGUACGCAAAACGGCGGCUCAUGCCAUCCCCAAGCUGUACAGCCUUGAUUCAGACCAAAAGGACCAGUUAAUAGAGGUCAUCGAAAAGCUUCUGUCAGAUAAGACAACUCUGGUGGCUGGCAGCGUCGUGAUGGCCUUCGAGGAGGUCUGCCCCGAGCGCAUUGACCUCAUCCACAAGAACUACCGCAAGCUGUGCAACCUGCUGAUUGACGUGGAGGAGUGGGGCCAGGUGGUGAUCAUCAACAUGCUGACACGUUAUGCUCGCACCCAGUUCCUCAGCCCCAACCAAAAUGAGUCCCUCCUGGAAGAGAGCUCUGAGAAAGCUUUUUACGGUUCCGAAGAGGAAGACUCCAAGGACGACAAAGCGGAGCCGGCGUCCUUGGUCAAGCGCAAGCCGUACGUCAUGGACCCCGACCACCGCCUGCUCCUGCGCAACACCAAGCCCCUGCUGCAGAGUCGCAACGCUGCGGUAGUGAUGUCCGUUGCUCAGCUCUACUUCCACCUUGCUCCAAAGGCUGAAGUUGGGGUCAUCGCUAAGGCACUGGUGCGUCUCCUCCGGAGCCACAGUGAGGUCCAGUAUGUGGUGCUUCAGAACGUGGCCACCAUGUCAAUCAAGCGCAGGGGAAUGUUUGAACCAUACCUGAAAAGCUUCUACAUCAGAUCCACAGACCCCACCCAGAUCAAGAUCCUCAAGCUGGAAGUUCUGACCAACCUUGCAAACGAGACCAACAUCUCCACCAUCCUGCGUGAGUUCCAGACUUACAUCCGGAGCAUGGAUAAAGACUUCGUGGCAGCCACCAUCCAGGCCAUUGGCCGUUGCGCCACCAACAUUGGAAAAGUGCGUGACACAUGUCUCAAUGGCCUUGUGCAGCUGCUGUCCAACCGAGAUGAGCUGGUUGUGGCUGAGUCUGUUGUUGUCAUUAAGAAACUCCUGCAGAUGCAGCCGUCUCAGCACAGCGAGAUCAUCAAGCACAUGGCAAAGCUGACCGAUAACAUCCAGGUACCCAUGGCUCGUGCCAGCAUCUUAUGGCUGAUUGGCGAGUACUGUGAGCACGUGACCAAGAUUGCCCCAGAUGUGCUGCGUAAGAUGGCCAAGUCCUUCACCAGCGAGGAGGACAUUGUGAAGCUGCAGGUCAUCAACUUGGCAGCUAAGCUUUACCUGACCAACUCCAAGCAGAGCAAGCUGCUGACCCAGUAUGUGCUGAACCUGGCCAAGUACGACCAGAAUUACGACAUCCGGGACCGUGCCCGCUUCAUCCGCCAGCUCAUUGUGCCCACCGAGAAGAGUGGUGCCCUCAACAAGUAUGCCAAGAAGCUCUUCCUGGCCCAAAAGCCCGCCCCAAUCUUGGAGUCCUCUUUCAAAGACCGUGACCACUUCCAGCUGGGCUCGCUUUCGCACCUCCUCAAUGCCAAGGCCGUAGGCUACCAGGAGCUCCCAGACUGGCCCAGCGAAGCUCCUGACCCAUCCGUGCGCAACGUGGAGGAAGAGUCAAUCGGCCCCAUGGAAAGCAACAUUGGGCUGCUGGGCGAGCGGAUAGAGGUUCCAGAAUGGACCAAGUGCACUAGCCGCGAGAAGAGGAAGGAGAAAGUCGAGAAGCCCUUCUAUUCUGAUUCAGAGGGAGAGUCCGGGGCAACAGAAUCUGCUGAUAGUGAGCCUGAGACGGUGAGUGGGUCUGAAAGUGAAAGCGGCAGUGAGAGUGGGUCUGGUUCUGGCAGUGAAGAAGAGGAAGAGGAAGAUGAGGAGGAGGAGGAGGAGGAGGAGAGUGGGGACCAGUUGGAAGAGGAGGAGGACGAAAAGAAGAAGAAGAAGAGAAAGGAGGCUCUAAGGAAAAUAUCCUUAGAGAGUGCUGGAAGUGAGGAGGAUGAGGAGGAAGAGCGGAGCAAGAAAAAGGGGCUGGUCGUGAAAAGGGGCUUAGAAUCCUCAUCUGAGGAGGACAGCCCAUCCGAGGGCAGCUCGUCGGAGUCUGAUUCUGGCUCCGAAGCAGAGGAACCCCACUUGGAGAAGGAAGUGAAAAAGAAAAGGACGCCUCCCAGCAGCAAACCUGCUACAAAAGCCCCCAAGAAAGGGGUAAAGGAGAUUUCCUUGCUUGACCUGGAUGACUUCACACCCCCUCCCCCACAGCCAGUUGCCUCCAGCCCUGCAGUUUCCACCAGCCUAGCGACUGACCUUGAGGGGCUCAACCUGACUGACACUUCUCUAGCGGCUGCUAUGAUCAGUCCUGUGUUUGGUGCAGUGAAGACAUAUGAGCUGCUACAUCGCAUGACGGGAGAGGGGCUGUCUGUCGAGUAUUACUUCAGCCGACAGCCUUUCACCCCUGAUUCCCGUAUGGUGGCUGUGCAGAUCCAGAUCUCCAAUAACACCGCUGCUGAGGUGAAGAACAUCCAUGUGAAUGAGCCCAAGCUGCUCUCAGGCAUGCGUGUCCAGGAGUUCAAGGAGAUUGAGUCUUUGGCACCUGGUGAAACAGUCAGUGUUACUAUGGGCAUAGACUUUUGUGACUCGACCCAGGCAGCCAGCUUCCAGCUCUGCACACACACACGCCAGUUCUAUGUGUCCAUCCAGCCCCCAGUGGGGGAGCUCAUGGCUCCUGUCUUCAUGAGCGAGAAUGAAUUCAAAAAGGAGCAAGAGCAACUGUUAAAGAUGGGUGUGGGGAAGCUAACAGGGAUGAGUGAAAUCACUGAGAAGUUGACUCUACCUGACAAAUGCCAGAGUGACCACGUGAUUGUGCAACAGGUGACAUCUGCAGCCAACGUUAGCCGUGUGCCUUGUGGCUCAGACAAGGAGUACCGGUUUGCCGCCAAGACGGUUAGCAGUGGAAGUCUCAUCCUCAUCAUGCUGGAGAAGAAGGCGGGCAGCGCGGCACAGCUCACUAUCAACAGCGAGAAGAUGUUGAUUAGCACCAUGCUAGUAAAGGACAUUAUCCACUCCUUGACACAGUGACCAGAAUGCUUCCUUCUCUCGUCACACCCACUUUAGUCAUCCAGCUGUCCUUCCUUCCUUCCUGGGCUCAGUCAUCUGUCUCCCUCCACCCAGCUUGUUGUGUCUCCCUGUCCCUAUGUAAAACACAGGUCAAAGCUGAGAUAAGGCAAUGGGAAACAAUCCACAGUAGAAAAUAAGGUGCAGCCUCUGAUGUGGAUAAGAGACACUAGCUCAGCAACCAAUUAGGGGAGCCUUUUGCAACCUGGUGCACACUAGAGUUUUUGGAGCACAACUCCCAAAACCUCUGGAGGGCACCAGGUUACAAAAGGCUGAAACAGGGGUUGUUGGGAUGCUGAAGAUGCCCUGUGACUCUGCCAUCCUUGCUGUGCGGUGAGUCUCCUCCCCGUUUUUCUGUUCUAUGGUUCUAUUUAUUAUUAUGGGCAGAGAUGGU